AUGUCUCAGCCGUCCCGCAACACCAUCAUCGACGACGCCAACACGGCCAUUGGCUCCGAGGGCGGGGCCAACAGCGGUGGCUUCUGCAUCAACUGCGUUACAGGUUUCAAGAUUCCUGGCGAGCCCAAGGGCAAGAUGGAGAACAUCAACGGCAUCAACUGCUACGUCGCCACCCCCUCCAAUGCCUCCUCCGACAACGAGAAGAAAGCGAUCAUCUACUUCUACGACGCGUUCGGGCUGAAGCUGCAGAACAACAAAGUCAUCCCUGAUCGUAUCGCCGAUGCUUCUGGCCUCACCGUCUACGUGCCGGACGUCUUCAACGGGGGUGGUGUGGCAGAGUCGACACUCGCUGUCGCACCCUCUACCGCGGCCGACAUGAAAUCCGCUUCGAUCGUGACCAAGCUCAAGACGAUGGCCGGGUUUGCGCUGGCGACACCCUUCUUCGCACGCAACUUGCCCGGCUCCAAACUGCCCGGCCUCCGCAAGUGGAUCGACGAGCUCAAAUCUUCCAAAGGCUACACUCGCAUCGGUGGUGUGGGAUACUGUUACGGUGGAAAACUGGUCAUCUGCCUCAACGCGAGCGGUCAUAUCGAUGUCAGCGUCGCCAACCACCCUUCGAUGAUCACCAAGGGCGACAUUGCCGCCAUCAAAAACCCCAUCCUCUUCAACUGCGCCGAAGAAGACCCCAUCUUCAGCGAGAACUACGCAAAACAGGUCGAGAAGGAAUGGAGCGACAAAGGCGAUAAACCAAAACACAAGUUCAAGUACUACCCCAACACAGUGCACGGUUUCGCGGCUCGACCCAACUUGGGUGACCCCCAGGUCAAGGAGGCUUUCGAAAAGGCUACUGCUGAGGCGGUUGAGUUUUGGAAGGCUCAUCUUUGA